CCCUCAUCCUCAACAAAUUCAUUUAAAAAGUGCAAAAACCAGGGACCUUCACCAGUCUCCCAACUCUUGCCAUGGGUUGUUCAGCUGGAUUGGGGUGGUUCAUUCUCCUUGUAGCAGUUGUUAACAUUGAGGCACAAAAUAAGCACCCAAUAAAAAUCAACUCUAAAUGCCUUGGAAACUUGCUGCGUGUGGAUGUCAGUGGACUUGGAGGAAGUUUUCUUGAAGUGUCCGCUGUCAUAAAUAACUCUUCAAUCAUCCUCAUGCCAAGUCUAUCUUCUCAGUGUGGCUUCACCAUCAAGAAAGACCACAGGGGAAACGCUGUGAUCUAUGCCUCCGUCCAAAACUGUUUUGCUCAAAAUGUGGAUGAUAAAGCAUUCACAACAAAACUAGGUCUGCGGCUACAAUCUGACAAUGUGGUUGAAGACGAGUUUCACCUGGUGGAAGAAACUUGCUACUACUCUCCCUGGGCCUCCCGGGAAAUUAUCUGUAAACCCAACUACAUGGAGGUGUCUGUGAAAAAAGCAGCUCCAAAUGAAUAUAACCUGCCUGCAUACUCCGACUCGGAUCCCCGAAAAGCUGCUGAGCAACCCAUGGACGCAAGCUUCAGAAUCAACACAGUGGUGUUCUUCACUCCUGAGGAGAGGGUCAUGCAGGUGGACGAAGCCCAGAGAAAUGGUUAUGGGAUCUCAAGCACUCCUACCAGGCUGUUGCUGCGAAGCCCAAAUCCUUCACGUGAAACAUACACCAAGGAUGUAGCAGGUGUGCCGAUGACUGUGCUCAGCACCUUGAUUAUAUUUGAGAAGACGAAGCUGACUACUCAACUUUAUGCACGAGCCGCUUGUCCUCAAGCUCAGGGUGGGGUUUUCUUUACUGAAACCUCAAUCCGCUGGUUCCUGCCGAGGCGCAUUGACCCUCUGAUUUACUCGAAACACUUCAGACUGUUGGAGAUGAACAUGGGCGUCGAUGGAAGGAAGCUCGAAGCUACAGAGAUUUCGGCCAGAAACUAUUCCCUGACUCUCGAUGACCUUUACGUCAUUGUUGAAAUCCCUAUUGGGGCUGCUGGUUGCCAGAUCAAGAGUCAUGUCCAGGAUGGUCAGUACUUCACUUCUUAUAUGAUUGAGCUGAUGCUCGAGUUGCUCUGGACUGAAGACGACACUAAUGAGGACACGAGAUACAAAGUCUUCCUCCCCGUCGAGACCCCCCUGCAGCUUCAACCUCCACAAGUCAUUGACGCCACUGUUCCCAAGGAGAUGAUGUUUAAGGCGUUGAUUGGGCCGGUGGGCUUUGAUGUAACACUAAAGAACAUCAGCUCCCCCUCUGAGGUUUUGUCCUUGGCCGACUGCAUUGCCAGAGGCUUUAAAGUCUUUGAACAAAUGUCCCCUAACGGCUUCUCAAAGGUCUAUACUGUUGAAGUGCCCUUCACGGACCGUGUCGUAGGACAAAGGAAAGAAAUGGGAGUUACAAUUUACAAUCUUCAUCUGACCUUUGGCUUCCUGGUCCUGCCAAAGCAUGCUCCAUUUACUGCCACUGCUUAUCUGAGAGCUAAACUAGAAGACAUAGAUCUUCCCUCUGUCUCAGGUAGCUGUGAUGAUAAGAAUUUCCAUGUCCUCGUGAAAUACGGGACCAAAGGAUUAAACUUUCAGACCAUAAUGGGAAAACGAAUGCUGACCUUGAGCCUGGCUCAGCAGUACGGCUUAAUGGGCAACGACACACAUUUCAGUUUGAUUGUACCAUCUUCUGCAGCUGAUGCUACGGUCGAGGCUGUUGAGGAGUCAUCCAUCAAGAGCAGACUGGAUGUGACUCUGAGAUAUCCGAAGACCAACAAACAUAUCAAAGACUUCUCCUUGACUUGCAACUUCGUCACAAAGCUGAUCGGGUGUUUCCCUAAUGGGACCAUCACGGCUCUGGCUAUAACCAUGGAGUCUGUUCCCAGUCUGAACCCCCGACGGCUCACCCUCAGAAACCCCGCCUGUGGCCCCACAUACAGCAACGACCAGUACGCUUAUUUUGUCUUCACUGCAAACACCUGUGGGACGACCAGAAAGUUUUUGCCCAAUAUGAUGGUGUAUGAGAAUGAAAUCUCCAUCACAGAUGAACUUGAAUUGAGAAAGCUGUCACAGUUGAAGGAGCCGGAGUUUGUGCUUCAGGUGUUCUGUUACUAUGACAUCAACACAAACCAGGCUAUGGGCUUCAACACCCGACCUCGCAGGAGUGAACCGUACACUGACGAUGCAAGAGGCGAGAUGCAGGUUGAAAUGAGAGUUGCUUUGGACGACUCCUACAGUGUGUUUCAGCGCGUUGAGGACGAUCCCAUCACAAAGUACCAACAACAGCCGCUGUAUUUCGAGGUGGAACUGAUGGGAUCUUACAACCCUAAAGUAUCUCUUGAGCUGGCGUACUGCUGGGUGACGUUGGAGGAGGACAAGACGUCCCUCCCUCGAUGGGACCUCAUCGUUAAUGGUUGUGCAAACUCAAGGGACCCGCACCCAGUGAUCUUCCACUCUGUUUUGCCUAAGGGCAGAGUUCAUUAUCCUUCCAACUUCAAGCGGUUUGAGGUCCCGAUGUUUGCCUUCGCCGAAGACAAGGAUAACUUGAACCGCCAGGUCUUUGUCCACUGUGAGGUGGUAAUCUGUGAUGUUAGAAAUCCAGUGGAUGCAGCUUGUAAUGUGCAGUGUUCAGACCAGGACAACACGAUGAAGGGUCAAAAUCGUGACGUUUCAGAUGACCCUGGUUUCAAACACGUAACUUCAGGACCAAUCAUUAUAAUGAGCUCCUAAACAAAGUCCUAAUAAAAUAUUUUUAAAUAAUUCACA